AGCAAAGUCAUACCGAAGCAGACGCAACUGCUCAUCAGGGUGCUAUUUCUUCAUCGAGGAAGUCGGAAUAGAUUCACUUCACCAUUCGGAUGCUACCAUAGCUAUCUAUCCUCGUUGAUCUUCCUCCAAGUAUUCCAAGUUGGACAUCAAUCAAGGAUCCAAGGAAUCCAUGGCCAUGACCGAUAGCAACUAUGCAACUGUUCUUGACGAUUUGCCCAAGGAAAUCAUCAUCGAUGAGGUACUCCUUAGAUUACCAGCAAAGGAUGUUCUCCGGUGCCGCAUGGUUCGCAAGUCAUGGUGUCAUGCCACCUCCACCAAAGACUUCCUCGUUGCGUACCACAAGCGCCAACCCUCGCUUCCAGUCAUCAAACAAAUCAAGUACAACAGCAACCACUAUAUUUUGGCCUUAUGUGACUCUAGUACCAUUGCUGCCAGAAGCAAGCUCUGUUGUCUGCCCAUCUUCCGGUACCCUAUCCCACACCUUGAUAAUGGAAGAUUUUUUAUCUAUGCUAUCUGUGAUGGCCUCAUCAUUGUGCCUGUCUGUGAAGACAUGGGACUCUUUGAUGUUUGCAAUCCAACUACUCGUCAGCAUGCUCCCCUGCGGCUGCUUCAAGGACGCAUGCUACCAAAUAGAUCCGUUCAGAUAUCCGCAUUGUAUCAACAUCACCCAUCGGGAGAAUAUCGGGUGCUCUACUCGAUAUGGACAAGAAAUGAGGUUCUUCGAAAUUGCACAAUUGAUUUCUAUGUCCUCACUGUGGGAUCUAAUAAGCCCAGGCCCAUCGGACAACCCCCAGUAGAUUAUAAGUUAUUGAAUCUACUCACAUGUUCUUCGAAUGCCCCAGUACUACACCGGGGUAACCUACAUUGGAAGUUGGGAACAUACUCAUUCUAUGAUGCCGGCAACAUAAUGCUGUUUGACACUACAGCCGAGGCAUUCCGGUGGAUGCUCGGUCCCACCAAUACCUACCUUUCAAAGUCAUUGUUGGAGAUGGAUAGUGCUCUUGGUAUGUGUUGUAGUCAGAAUUUCAUUGUCACGGAUAUUUAUGUUAUCCAGGACUAUGAGGCUGAAGUUUGGGACUUCAUGUAUCGGAUUAACAUAUCAGAAUUGGAGGAUUCGCCGCCGAUCGAUUACCGGAUAAGAUGUGUUGAAAAGAUUGCUAUGCUCAAUGAGCGUGAGUUACUGAUCGAGCUAUUGGGUGGGACUGUUCUACACUGCGACAUUAAUGGUAAGUUUCUAGGAAUUAUUGAACGCGAUGAAGGUGAAAAAACCAGCAUGCAUAUUAUGACAUUUCGCUUUCGGGAGAACAUUAUUUCACUUCCAUUCUUUGAGAUGCAAGAUGGCUUUGGGAAGAACAUGUAAGUUAUGCGUUAUUCCGCAUGGACAUAGAAUGUAUACUUGAAUUGUUGUAUUUGGGU